CUCAUCCCAGAAAGGAACUCACAUGCACACUUCCCUGGUGUUGGCUGCGUAACACACAAUGCAACGAGCACAAAGGACAUGUUUGGGUCUAUGAACAAGCUCAGAAAGCCCAAGCCCACCAGAUUCUCCUCUGGUGCGACUAUGAAAGACACCCCCAUGUCGCGAACCAUGCAACUUGCGCUCAGGGAUGAUCCCUUCCUACAAUGUGCAACUAAAUCCACUGAUACCGCUGUUGCUACGCGUAUGGAAGUUGGGGACACUACGAUGACAUUCCAAGUACCGAGGGGGAUGGAACCACGAACGGCUGUUGCACAGUACUGGGCCCUUCGUACCAUGGUGACAGAGACCGUGUUUUCCCAGUAUGUCCGGCACCAAAACGAGCUCACUCAAGUCCGGCUGGCAGAAGAAGAGAGGCGCACCAAAGAGAUAACGACUCUCGUGCAUGCCAAUGAGAAGAGACAACACAAUCUGGAGAGACUCAUGAUGGCCCUCGUGAUUUUCCUGGCGUACAUGUUUUGGAGCACUUCAACCCCGAACAGCUCUUCUGAGAAGAGGCGAUCAGCAACUCACUUUACUAUACCCAUCUUGUCGCCUUUCACUUCUGUGGUCGAAAAUGAGACUGGCGUUCUUGGCACCAAGGCUGUUGUUGUCUUUGUGCUGGCAUUGGUCCUGGUUGCCUUCUUCACACUUCGUCGUUGGUUUGCGCCGCGGACAGGCGGUAUCAUAUGGUGACAGAAUUUGUUCACUGUUUAUAAGAGAUUCCUAUUGGUCAUGAGCUGGAUGCUCUUAGGACUGCGCUACAUCUGCCGGGCUGGGUGGUCUGUGCCCCCCGUUGGUGGGGGUUCUGUACAUAGGAUGGGUUUUGGACUCUUAGUGGUUUCGGGAAUCCCUGUUUGUACUUGUAGUGGCUACAUAAGGUAAUGGUUGUGUGUUGGUUUGCGUAGGGGGUUGGUUUG